AAUGCAUACACCCUAUUCCUUUUUCAUGCUUAUCAUUUUCUUUGUGCCUUUGGGAGAGAAAAAGUAGGUUAAAGUUCAAAAGGAUACUCCGAGAUUUCCUCCCAUUUAAAGAAGAGUGUUAAUUUGCAGAUCUUUAUUCAAAACUGGGUUAGAAACGUUAUCGUUUCUAAAUAGUAUUUAAAAAAAAAAAAAAGAUUGGUUGAUAGCUGGUUUGCAUCUAUUUUUUAAUAAGCAUACUCCAAAAUAAACACAAGAUGACCUUGUGGAUCAAAUUACGCGGGAAUGCCGAGGGAAAUGCUCUUUGAAGCCUAAUACAAUGGUGCACAUAUACAGCCCACUGUGGAAUAGUGGGGGUUGAGUGAACCGGGGUCAGAGGUCACCAAAGCCUUCUGUCUCUCACUGACCAUAGGAUUUAUUCCCAUAAAGCCAGUGUGUCUUACAUUCAAACUAUUUUUAGGAAACUUUUUGAUGACAUGUAAUGUCUUGAGAUUUGCAUUUGCAUGACUCCCAGAUUAUGAUGAGCAGUACUCCAGUUUUUUCUAGAGCCAAGAGAGAUAAUCAGAGAUAUUUUGUGUGGACUUUCCUUCACCCCCACCCCCAACAAGAAAAAAGGGAUGCUCUACAAUUACAUGCAUGACAUACCAUUUUGUUGUCUGACUUGAGUGGCGACAACGGUUCAGUGUGAAACAUCUGCAAAGUAAGAUAUUAAGACAUUAAGGAUAAAACACCUUCACUUCAUUUUGCACUUCUGCCAUGAUCAGGUAUGUGGACCAUUACAUCUAAAGCACAAAUGUCUGUUUUAAAUGGUGUUUAUGCACUAUGCAUUAGGACAAAUUGUAUUUGUUCAUAUAAAAUUCAUUCACUAUUUAUCUGCAUUGCAAUUAAAAAUAUAAACUUGUUCUAAAAUUCAGUCAGACCAAAUCAUGUGAAAGUGGUAAGUGUGAUAUAGGAGAGCGGAUGUGAGUCGUGGGGGGAUUGAGUGAGUUGAGUUGAGGAGGAGGAGGCUCGGGAGGCCCAUCAUCACAUGACGAGACGUUCGCGCCUCUUUCGUAAACCUUCUCCAACCUGAUGAUCCUAAACAACGCGUUCUGCGGAGGCCUUAAACGCGUCAACUUUCUGGCGUCGCGACUAGCGUUCACGCGUGGGUCUGUGCUGUGGCGAGAAAUUAUUUUGGAAACUUUUAAAUUGUGCGUGUUUGUCGGUGGGACAGGCUUUGUGUGUGUGGAGAAGCUGGGGAGCUAACAGACAAUGACUGUUGAAGAUUUAGCAUUUUCCUGAAAGGAAGGAAAAGAAUGCCACCACAAUACCUUCAAUGGAAAAUGUUACAUUAUUUUAAUAUGGCCUUCCUGCUAAGGUGCAUCUUGUGUAGUUAGUGAAGUAGUAUAGUAUCUACUGCGCUAGAUGCUCCUUUUGGCAGGAGAAGCUGUAUAUUCAGCUCAUGGAAGCAAAAACCUAACUUCACUUAUUUAAUUUUGUUUACAUGCUCUGCCAUUAUUGUUCCUUUAAUCAAACUGCACAAUAUUUAUUUAUUUAUUUAUUUAUUUAUUUAUUUAAAUUCUAUGAUCUCUGUGAGUUUGUCCUGGCAGUUCCAAAGUGCUCACAGUGCAGGUAGUGCCAGUGAAUCUACUGCAGUGUUUGCACUUCAAGUAUUGCCGGUCGCCUUCUGCCUGUCUCUCUGGAGCUGUGCUAGAUGCUGCUGCUUAUGGAAAAGCCCUGCUAUGUGUGGUGAGUUUUGCAGGAUUGCAUCCAGCUUUACUGCAACAUGCUGUGCAAAUCCAUGCAAAACUCGCUGCAGCAGGGACAAACUUCUUCGACAAUCAAGAUGAUUUCCAAAUGUAACAAAUGCAUGCAAUUUGUUAGCAAGAAUUUUUCUUUGUUUAAAAUGCUUUCUGAGCUGCAUGCACUGCCAUAAUUAUAAAACUCAAUCUGUCAAAAUAGCAAGAAUACAAGAUGCAUAGAUUUCUACAGUAUAUUGAUAAAGGACAACACUUUAAUAAUUUUUUAAACAAGAAAAGUAUAUAUAAAAUGUAACUGCAUAUUUGUUUAUGCUUUUUAAUGCAAAUAUUUGUCUUGCUGUUUUCGGGUGGAUGACCCUGCAAUUUUAAUAGUGGCAAAAAUCUUCAAUAAAAAUUGCACGGUAUCCAUCUGUAAUCCGCUAGAUUCCAUGAUCUGCAUUUUUUCUUUCGUUAUUUAGAAUAUGUAACUGUGUUUCUUUAAAUUGUUUGUAAAUCUCAAUAAAAUUUGGAUAUUUGUUAUUCUACCUCGCCCCUCUUAUAGAAUGAAAUUAAUUUCUGAGGUUUAUUAGUGACUGUGCGUUGCAAUAACCUUUACCUGCACCAGAUGGCAGCAGAUAGCUGGAAAUGUGACAAAUUGUGUUUGAAUUUGAAAAUGUAAAUUUGAUAGUCACGUAAUGUAGACACUGCCAGGAAUCCAAUCCCCUGCCGAUAUUACCACAUUUCACUAAUAAAUUAAAUUAUCAUAAGACAUAAUUAAAGAUCUGGUUGGGGAAAAAAGUCUUUGAAUUUUGUGUGGUUGCCCAGAUUGGAUCUUGUUCUCAGUGUGCGCAUGAUCGCAGCAGUGCACGGGAUUCAUAACGCACCUCCUGGCUUCAUAAUCAUAACUUUAAUAUCAUCGAAAGAGUUCAAUACCUAACGGACCGGUUCAUUGAAAUAAUGCAAGAGUCAUGUGUUAAUCGCGCAGUCCCGCCUUAAUUAAAGAGGGAAUUGUGACCCUGAUUUGUGGGCAUGAAGUUUUGGGUCUGUUAAUGAGCUGGAGAUGAAGAGCUCCACAGGACUCUCCUCACACUCACUUCAGUGAUGCUGCCGCUGAUUCCAGCACAUCGCUUUCUGCUCACUUCAAGCAACGCAGAUCGCUCCUGCUCUCUUCAUUUGCGCUUGUAAUCAAAUCUAUCACUAGGGAGCCUUAUUGCGCCAGAUAUUUCUUUACUACAGCGCAUUUGGACUCAUAAUGUCUGGACUGAAGUUGAACGGUGCACUGAUUGUGUGUGUCCUGAUGCUGCCGUUCUCUCUGCCGAACAGUCAGGUGCUGGACUGUCGCGAAGUGCGCUCUUCCUUUCAGUUUUUGUACCCGGGGAUGAAAUGGACCCCAGAAACGCCAGUCUCAGGCUCAGAUCUGCAGGUAUGCCAGCCGAAAGGCCUGACCUGCUGUUCUCGCAAAAUGGAGGAACGCUACUUGCUCAUUGCCAAACAGAAUAUGGAGUCCAGUCUGCAGGCCACCAGCGCCCAGCUGAAAGUUCUCAUCAUUCAGAAUGCCGCCCUCUUUCAAGAGGCUUUUGACAUGGUGCUCCGUCUGGGUCGUAAUUCCACUCUGACACUCUUACGAGAGGAGUUUCCCAGUUUGGGGGCCGGAGCCAGUGGAGCUGUCACACAGUUAUUCCUGGAAAUGUCUCUCUACAUCCUGGGCUCUGAUGCUAACGUAAACGACAUGGUCUCAACCUUCUUCUCCCGACUUUUUCCUUUCACCUACCGCCAUCUCCUUGGCAACGGGGCAGUGACAGGCAUCUCGGAAGAAUGCCUCCGUGGGGCCUGGAGGGGAAGCUCUGCGUUCGGAUCGUUUCCCAAGAUGAUGAUGACCCGGCUGUCUCGCUCGCUCCUGGCCACUCGGGUCUUCCUGCAAGCACUGAACCUGGGCAUCGAAGUGGUCAACACCACCCAGCACCUACGUGCGGGCAGGGACUGCGGGCGCUCGCUGCUGAAGCUCUGGUACUGCCCGCACUGUCAAGGCCUGCUGGAGGCCCGGCCAUGCCGCCCGCUAUGUGUCAGCACCAUGGGGGCGUGUCUGGGUGGAGCUGCAGAGGUGCAGCCUCACUGGAGGUCAUACGUGGAGGAACUGGGGACACUCGCCGCUGCCAUGAAGGGGGAGCAGGACAUCGAGGCCGUGGUGCUCAGACUGCAUGUCAUUAUCAGACAGGCUCUCAAACAAGCCGUGGCGGCCAAAAGCAAAGUCAGCACACAGGUGAAUGGGAUAUGUGCACACGCGCCCCCGCGAGUGUCUCGUGCUGCACCGAUGUCGGCAGAACAUGCGCCUGCCUCACCGGUGGCCCACAAUCGUCCUACUGUGAACUUUGACCCCGAUGAGACCCUCUUUGGACGGCGCAGGGAGUUUAUCUCGGGUCUGAGGGGCUUCAGUCAGUUCUACAGUGGCCUCGGAGAAGCUUUGUGCAGCAAAGAGCCGGCGGCACUCAACAGCUCCUUCUGCUGGAACGGACAGGAGAUGACAGACAAGUUUCCUGGUCCAGGGCUAAAGAAAGUCCAUCCACACGGCUCAGAAUCCAAACAAAAGCCUCCUGAACCCGUCAUCAGCCAGAUCAUCGACAAACUCAAACACAUUAAUCAGCUUUUGCGGAUGGUGACAUUGCCUGAAAAGCGAUGGAGGGCUCGACCAGGAGGGGGCGCUGCGAGGAGAGACCCAGCCGGACAGGGUCAGGCAGAUGAGGAUGAGGAGGGUCUAGAAAGCGGGGACUGUGAUGAUGAAGAUGAGUGUACUGGUGUUUCUGGACUCGGGCCGCCUCCGAGACGCAAGCGCCUGCGCAUCUUUGCAGACUUGGCAGAUAACUUGGCAAUUGACGACUUAACACUUCAUGAGUUGCUCCUGACUCCCAGACUGGCCACAGACACCCAUGGAGGAGCAUCCGUACCUGCAGCAGCUCAAGCGGCAUAUGUUCCUAGUGCAACCUUUAUCUUUACCGUCAUCAUCUUCAUAAAUUUGGGUCUUCAGUAAUCACACCUGAAACUCUACUGAUGCCCAUUUGUACAUAUAGCUCCAUGAUUUUGGCCAAGGACAAGUACCUUUCCUCUUCUCAGCCUCAAGUCUUACUAUAUGAACCUGUUCUUUUCUAUAUUUUGUUUGGACCUGAGGAUCAAUAUCAUCUAAAUGCUCAGACUAUGAACUCAUUUUUCUACAGCAUGAAGAGCAUUACUUAUACAUACAAGAAUCAUGUUCUUUCCCUCCAAAUUCUUAUGCCACACAACAGCCAUGUGUUUUACAUUGAGCAUCGCCUCCCCUCUGCUAUACACAUGCAGUUUUACACAAAGGCCAAAGCCUUCUGGAGGAAAAGGAGCUAAAUUGCUUUUGAAAAGACAAAGAGGCUCAGCUUUUGUGAGUGAAUGGGCACACUUAAGGAGAAGGAAGCGUGACUGACAGAGUCUGAGAACACGUACGAUCACUCUAGUGGCGCAGAGUGUCUCUCAUACAUACACUGCAGUGAGCUUCUCCUCGGCCGCUCAUUUCCUGUGCAGUAAAUGACCCUUGGAGUGGAGGACAUCAAGGCAUCGGCAUGUCGUUGUGAAACCCUCUCCUUACAGGAUGACACAGCUGUGCUUCAUUUACAAAAAAAUGCUUUUAAACUGUUUUAUUAGAAUGCUGACUUUCCCUUUUCAGAAAAUGUGGUAUUUUAUAAUCUCUCUUUGAUUUCGUCGCUCAUUAUCUCUCUUCCUUUUUCUUUCAUUUCCUCUGUUCUUGUAUUAUAAUCGUGUGAUUAAAGCUACUCUUAAAUGGACACCCACAAAACUUCCUGUUUUUCUCCCUCCUUUCGCAAGUCACUGUAGCAUUUGCAUUCAAUGAAAGAUGGAUUGAUGGAUUUGUGCAUCUGUAAAGUUUUCUGUUUCUGGACAUCUUCAUACACAAAGGGCUAAAGCUGUCAUUUCAGAUCAGAAUGGGAAAACUAGUGUUUACAAAAGGACACUGUUUUCCUUUUAUAACCUGUGAUGUAAUUCGUUACUAAUAUAUGUACAAUGUCAUCAUCUGUUACGUGCAUUUUAAACAAACUGAAAGAAUCAGCUUCAUUGUGAUAGACAUCCCCAAACUGGAAUGAUACACAGUGUCCUGCAAGUUUUCAGAAGAUUACCAAUUUUAAAUCAUACUUUUUUUCUGUUGGUGUAUUAUUUCAAAGCACUUAAACUCAAAGUAAUUUUGAAGAUGAAGAGUAAUGUAUUUAUUUAUGUAUUGUGUGUUUGUGUGCCUCCUUUAUAAGCUUCCCAGAAAACCAUCCAAAUCCAUUUGUAGACUGACUUCCUCAAAGAUUGUAAACACUGGGCUUUUUGAGUGGUUAUAUCAACUUCUGAUUCAACCAGAGACUUGAAUUUGGAUCAAAACUAUCUGUUUGUUCAAAGUGUUCUGGGAAUCUGUUUGGGUUUUUGGCAAUUCCAUUCCACU